AUGUGCUGGACCGUCCGCUUCAUCUACGCCUGCGGCUGCGUCGAGCGCACCACGUUCGAGUGCCCGGAGAACAUCAAUUACCGCGGCAGCGCCCUCCGCCGCCGCCGCCGCCGAUGCUCGCGGUACCUCGGCAACCAGGGAACCGGGGCGCUGAAAGAGGUCUCAGACACGUGGCUCAACGAGGACUGCUACGACUGCGCCCUCGCGUACGAGGAUGAGUUCUACGAGGAGACCAUCUACGAGGACUCGUCGGAGAUCUACAGCGACGACACGGCUACGGACUUCUCACCUCCAGGCUCAGCUAUUAAUACGAGUGACAUCACGGCGCUGGGCGAGCGGAGGAGCAGCCGCGAGAAUCAGAGUCGUCGGGUGGAGGUUGAGGUUGGUGGUGAGAUGGAAGGCUUUUAA